UUUCAAAAUGGCGGCUGCGAGAUCACAUUCAGCUCAACAAGUUGAUCCAGUGGAAAGACUAAAAGAGGAGUACAAGGCGUGGAAACACAGUCAUCCUAAGGACUUCAUUGCUAAUCCUGUAAAGAAGGACGGAGGAGAAACUGACUGGCUAACUUGGAGAUGUGCCAUUCCAGGACCAGAAAGGACAAUGUGGGAAGGUGGCAUGUACAAGCUAGAGCUUUCAUUUCCCCAAGACUAUCCAUUCUCUCCACCUAACUGUGUGUUCAAUCCUGUGAUCUUGCAUCCAAAUGUUUUUCCAUCUGGUAAAGUUUCCUUGUCCUUGAUUGACAAGAAUAAAGGUUGGAAGCCACAAAUUACGACCAAAGAGGUUCUUCUUGGAAUUCAGUUGUUGCUUAGUGAACCAAACUUCCAUGAACCAGCACAGGCUGAAGCAUAUGUAGUGUAUUGUCAAAGCAGAAUGGAAUAUGAAGAAAGAGUCAAGAAACAAGCUAAAGAAAUGACUGUAAAUGGCAGCUGAAAAAAUAAAUUAUAUUUUUGAUAAGAUAAUAGAUACUCCAUGAAGGUUGUACAGACAGGUGACACAAGGAAGUUGUUAUUAACCCAGACAGCAAGGCAGAUGAAUUUUUUUUGUCUUGCACAGGGUGUAAACAAUCCAGUGUGUGGUGUAAAUGGUGCCAGUGCCCAGAAGAAGGGCCAUACUGUAGGCCCCUUUCCCCGUGAGGGUUACUAGAGGCAUGC